GAAAAGUUGAUUUGUGAUCAAAUCUCCCAUCUCAUUCCAAAUUAUUCCUGGAUUUAUUUUGAAUUUGGUGAUAUCCAAAACCACCUCUGAAUAGUCACUUCAUCCAGCAAUCCUACAAAAUGACCUCGACUGCUGUCGUUGGUAGUACCGGCCUCGUUGGCUCGCACAUCCUCUCGACCCUCAUCUCUCUCCCCACCAUCUCCAGCAUCCACGCCAUCGCCCGGCGCCAACCCCCAAGCAACGACCCCAAACUCCACCCCCUUGUCUCCAGCGACAGCGAGCAAUGGCCCUCGCAGCUCUCCACCAUCUCCCCGCCUCCCAACAUCUUCUUCUCCGCGCUGGGCACGACGCGCGGCGCCGCCGGCUCCGUCGAGAAUCAGCGCAAGAUCGACUAUGAUCUGAACCUGGCGCUCGCCCAGGCUGCCAAGUCCGCCGGCGUCAAGGUCUACGUCCUGAUCUCGUCGGGCGGCGCCAGCGCUUCGUCCAUGAUGGCCUACCCGAAGAUGAAGGGCGAGCUGGAGGAUUCGGUCAAGAAGCUGGACUUCGAGCGCACGGUGAUCUUGAGACCUGGCUUGAUCGUGGGCGAUAGAGAGGAGAGCCGCCCCGUGGAAGCGGUGGCGAGGAAGCUUGCUGGGCUCGUGGGAAGGCUGGGUAAUAUGUUCAAGGAUCCUUGGGCUCAGGACAGUGAUGUUAUAGCCCGAGCUGCGGUCAGCGCUGGUCUUAAGGCGCUACAGGAAGAUGCCCCGAAAGUAUGGGAGGUUGGGCAAUCUGAGAUUGUGAAACUUGGGAGAACGGAGUGGAAAGCUUAAUAUAACCUAGAUGCUGGGAUUUGCUUUUGAUGUAUACUUAGGUACGGUACGUGGGAGUUCCAUGGACCGUUGUUU